AUGAUGGAAGACAAUAAGCAGCUGGCUCUCCGGAUCGAUGGGGCGAUCCAGUCCGCCAGCCAGGAGGUGACUAACCUGCGAGCCGAGCUGACAGCCACCAACAGGAGACUGGCCGAGCUGAGCGGCAGCAGCGGCAGCGGCGGCGGCGGCGGCGGCGGCGGCAGCAGCAGCGGUGGAGGCGGCGGCGGCGGCGGCAGCUGCGACUCUUCGAUCAUGGAGAAUAACCAUCACAACGCACAAGUGUUACUCCGAGAAGAGGUAUCUCAACUACAAGAAGAGGUUCAUCUCCUCCGGCAGAUGAAGGAAAUGCUCACAAAAGACCUGGAGGAGUCUCACGGAAGCAAGUCUUCAGAGAUUCUCUCUGCCACCGAGCUCAAAGUCCAGCUGGCCCAGAAGGAACAGGAGUUAGCCAGAGCCAAAGAAGCCCUCCUGGCCUUGGCCAAGCCCAGAGGAGAUGCUCUGCAGCCCCCUGAUCCUUCUCUCUCUCUCCCUGCUUUCUUUCCACAGGAGAGUGAGGAUGCAGUCAAAGCCCUGGCAAAAGAGAAGGACCUUCUGGAGCGGGAGAAGUGGGAGCUGCGCCGGCAGGCCAAAGAGGCCACGGACCAUGCCACAUCCUUGCGCUCACAGCUGGACCUGAAGGACAACAGGAUGAAGGAGCUCGAAGCUGAGCUGGCUAUGGCAAAGCAGUCCUUAGCUACCCUGACCAAGGAUGUCCCCAAGCGUCAUUCCCUCGCCAUGCCAGGCGAGACAGUUCUCAAUGGCAAUCAGGAAUGGGUGAUGCAGGCGGACCUCCCUCUCACUGCGGCCAUCCGGCAGAGCCAACAGACGCUCUACCACUCACAUCCCCCCCACCCCGCAGACCGGCAAGCUGUCAGGGUGAGCCCCUGUCAUUCUCGGCAGCCUUCCAUCAUCUCUGACGCAUCUGCGGCUGAAGGAGAUCGAUCGUCAACGCCAAGUGACAUCAACUCCCCUCGUCACCGGACGCACUCCCUCUGCAAUGGGGACAGUCCAGGACCCGUCCAGAAGAAUUUACACAACCCAAUUGUACAGUCACUAGAGGAUCUCGAAGACCAAAAAAGGAAAAAGAAGAAAGAGAAGAUGGGAUUUGGCUCCAUCUCGCGGGUCUUUGCCAGAGGGAAGCAGCGGAAAUCCCUCGAUCCAGGCCUCUUUGAUGACUCUGACAGCCUGUCCAGCCCCACUCGCCUUAGUCUGUCAGAAGGAGAGGAGCAGAUGGACCGACUGCAGCAGGUGGAGCUGGUACGAACCACCCCCAUGUCCCACUGGAAAGCAGGGACCGUUCAGACCUGGCUGGAGGUAGUCAUGGCUAUGCCUAUGUAUGUCAAGGCUUGUGCAGAGAAUGUGAAGAGUGGGAAGGUCCUGCUGAGUCUGAGUGAUGAAGACCUGGAGACUGGCCUUGGCGUGUGCAGCUCCCUACACCGCCGAAAGCUCCGGCUGGCGAUUGAGGACUACAGAGAUGCAGAGACUGGCAAAUGCUUAUCAAAAGCCUCUGACCUAGACCACCACUGGGUGGCUAAGGCAUGGCUCAAUGACAUCGGCCUGCCCCAGUACUCCCAGGCUUUCCACAACCACCUCAUCGAUGGUAGGAUGCUUAACUCACUGAUGAAGCGAGAUCUGGAGAAGCACCUGAAUGUGUCCAAGAAAUUCCACCAGGUCAGCAUCCUGCUAGGGAUACAGCUUCUCUACCAAGUGAACUUCAGCAAGGAGGUUCUCCAGGAGCGACGGGCUCGUUGUGAGACACAGAACAUUGACCCUGUGGUCUGGACAAACCAGCGAGUGCUCAAGUGGGUACGGGACAUUGACCUAAAGGAGUAUGCUGACAACUUGACCAACAGUGGGGUCCAUGGAGCCGUGCUGGUCCUAGAGCCCACAUUCACAGCAGAAGCCAUGGCAACAGCCCUGGGUAUCCCCAGUGGGAGGCACAUCCUUCGGAGGCACCUGGCUGAGGAGAUGAGCACAAUCAUCAAUCCUGCCAGUGCUACAGGCAUCCGAGAGGCUGAGAGGUUUGGGACCCCCCCUGGAAGAUCUUCCAGUGUCACUCGGCAGGGGAAGGACUCGGAGAACAACAGCAGUGUCAAGUACAAGACUGGCCGGUUACCCCUAGGGAAGAUUGGAAGAGGGUUCAGCAGCAAAGACCUUGACUUCCAUGAUGACUAUGGUUCUCUCAGAAAUGAAGAUUGCUUCGAUGAUGACCCUCAAGAUAGACCAGAUCAGUGUCGUUUAGAAAACUACAGUGGGCUUGAAGUCACCAAUGUGUAG